AUGUCGUCGAACUUGCCAGUACGAAGGGUUCCUAUCCGCACCCGAAGUACGGCCACGAAAACGGACGAAAACGCCCAGGGGUACCAGCCGCACCGUACGGCAGCCUCGAAAGAUGCACUGGACAAGGGAAAGAUGUCUACAGUCGCUGCUACGAAUACGGCCGUGUGUCCUUCGGCCACGGCCAACAACGGCAUUCUCGGAACCCGCAAGCGAGCAGCGUUGGGCGACCUGACCAACGCUGCUCGCUCGCGGCAGGCCAACAUGCGAAAGGGUGACGAAGGUAAGGUCGAUGAGAAGAAGCCUGCGAUGCGUCUUCGCCAGGCGGCGACGACGGUCACGCUGCCGCCUCGCUCAGCCUCCCAGUUGCCUGCGCGCCCAGCGGCGACGCGUCGUAUGGUUCGGCCGAAGGAGCCGGAAGCCAUGGUGAUUGAUGAUGUGCCCAUGCGCGAGAGUGGGAGUGAUAAGGAGAAUAUGGACGUGCUAGAUGAGGAGGCACGGGAGGUGAAGCGAGCGCGGACGACGCAGGCGGCGGCGGAGGCCGGUGUAGUGGCUGCGGCCGAAGGCACUGCCACGACACGUCCCAAGGAUGAAGGUUGGGAAGAUUUGGACAAGGACGAUGCAGACGACCCUUUGAUGGUCGCUGAGUACGCGGAAGAGAUCUUUUCGUACAUGCGCAAGGUCGAGAUGCAGUGCAUGCCGAAUGGCAACUAUAUGAGCCUGCAGCGUGACUUGAAUUGGCAUCUGCGUGGCGUCUUGGCUGACUGGCUGAUUGAGACGCAUGCCAAGUUCCGCCUGCUGCCAGAGACGCUGUUCCUUGCGCUCAACAUUGUGGAUCGGUUCUUGAGUCUGCGAACCAUUUCGCUGUCGAAGCUGCAGCUGGUCGGUGUGACGGCGCUGUUUAUUGCGGCCAAGUAUGAAGAAGUGCUGUGCCCAUCGAUCCAAAACUUUUUGUAUGUCGCAGAUGGCGGCUAUACCGACGAAGAGAUUCUGCGUGCGGAGCGUUACAUGCUCAAGGUCCUCAACUUUGACAUGAGCUACGCGUCGCCCAUGAACUUUUUGCGCCGUAUCUCGAAGGCGGACAAUUACGAUAUCCAAACACGCACGGUCGCCAAGUACUUUAUGGAGAUCUCCCUUGUGGAUCACCGAUUGUUGGACCACCCUCCUUCGCUGGUCGCCGCCGCCGCCGUGUGGCUUGCACGUGAAGUGCUGGAGCGUGGCGAGUGGACGCCGACACUGGUCCACUACUCGACGUAUGCUGAGCCGGAGCUGCUAGGCACAGCGGAGAUCAUGUUGGACUACUGCCUGCGUCCGCCGGCGCACUUGCACUUCCACAAAAAGUACAGCAGCAAAAAGUUUAUGCGCGCGAGUGCGUACGUGUUGGAGUGGGCCAAGACCACUUUCCCUCACGCCGUAAUUACGCAGAACGAUAUCGCCGUCGGCAAGUGGACCGACGAGAAUGGCGAGAAGCACUCGCUGGAUAUGCUGCGUGUGGACUUGUACGAACGCCAUGGCCAUCCCCGGCCGACGGUGCUGCCUCUGGGCCCAGCCGCGGAUGUGAUGUCCACAGAGACGCACCUGGAUUCGCUCGGUGCCUACAUGCCCUCGCGGUGA